GCGCGAGCACUUCCGCCUCGAACCGGAAGCGCCGAGGCUAGUAGAGCAGUUCCCGGCGCGUGGUGACUUCUCCAAGCGUUUGAGUGGCUGAACCGCGGCGGCGGUGAGAGAGAGUGGCCCCGGCGCUUGCGUCCUGCUCAGCGAUGCUGACCCCCGCGUUCGACCUCAGCCAGGACGCGGACUUCCUGACUGUCGCCAUCCGCGUGCCCUACGCCCGCGUCUCCGAGUUCGAUGUCUACUUCGAGGGGGCCGACUUCAAGUUCUACGCCAAGCCGUACUUUCUCAGAUUAACCCUUCCUGGAAGAAUUGUAGAAAAUGGAAGCGAGCAAGGGUCCUAUGAUGCAGAUAAAGGAAUUUUUACCAUUCGAUUACCCAAAGAAACUCCCGGCCAACAUUUUGAGGGGCUAAACAUGUUAACUGCUCUUCUGGCACCGAGAAAAUCCAGGACAGCAAAACCACUUGUGGAAGAAAUAGGUGCUUCUGAGGUUUCUGAGGAAGUAGCAGAAGAUGACGAUGAGGAGUUUGAUUGGGAAAUUGAACAGACACCUUAUGAAGAGGUGUCAGAAAGUGCUUUGAAUCCACAGUGCCACUAUGGAUUUGGAAACUUACGAUCAGGAGUGGUUCACCGGUUACAGGAUGAAUUGAGUGACAUUAUUGAUGUUAAGGACCCAGAUUUCACUCCUGCAGCAGAACGAAGGCAAAAACGCAUGGCUGCUGAAUUGGCCAAAUUUGAUCCUGAUCAUUAUCUAGCUGACUUUUUUGAAGAUGAAGCAGUUGAACAGUUAUUGAAUUAUAAUCCCUGGUGGACUGACAAAUAUUCAGAAAUGAUGGCCUCUUUGGAAAAGAGUCAGGAGCAAGAAAAUCAUGCCACAGGAGUGUCUUUUUCUGAAGAAGAGAAAUAUCAGCUAAGAAAAUUUGUCAAUAAAUCUUAUGUGCUGGACAAGAGAGCCUGUCGUCAAGUGUACUACAGUUUGAUUGAUAUCCUUCUGGCAUAUUGCUAUGACAUUCGUGUCACUGAAGGAGAGAAGAAUGUUGAAUCUGCAUGGAAUAUCAGAAAACUGAGUCCAACGCUGUGCUGGCUUGAGACUUGGACUAAUGUUCAUGAGGUUAUGGUGUCUUUUGGAAGACGAGUGUUGUGCUAUCCCCUCUUUCGCCAUUUCAAGCUGGCAACGAAGGCCUGCAGAGACACUAUCAAGAUAUUGCAACUAGGUAAAAGUGCAGUUUUAAAGUGUCUCCUGGAUAUUCACAGAAUUUUUCAGGAAAAUGACCCGGCAUACAUUCUAAAUGAUCUCUACAUCUCAGACUACUGUGUGUGGAUUCAAAAAGUCAAGUCCAAAAAGUUGGCAGCUCUUGCAGAAGCCUUAAAGGAAGUCUCCCUUACAAAGGCCCAACUGGGAUUAGAGCUGGAAGAACUGGAAGCAGCGGCACUUCUUGUCCAGGAGGAAGAAACUGCAUUAAAAGCAGCCCAUUCCGUUCCUGGGCAGCAGACACUUUUCUCUAGUUCUGAGACAAGUGAUUCGGAGGAAUCGGGCAGCACUGCAUCAUCUGGAACUGAAGACUCGGACUCGGACUCGGACUCAGACUUGGACUCGAACUCGGACCAAGACCAAGACAAGCUCAAAGAUAGUCAAUCCGAAACGGUCAAUUCUUUGCAAGGGCCCUUCCUUGAAGAAAACAGGGCCCUGCUUAUUGAUGGUGAUGGAGUAUGCAGAAACACAGCCACCCAGAGGUCUGAUGUUAGUCAGGGAAUACUGCUUGUCUCUUCCCAGACUCUUAGAGCUCCUGGGCCUCUGAUCGAGGAGCUUGGGGAACAACUCAAGACUACCAUUCAGGUUUCUGAACCCAAGGGUGCCACUGCUGUAAACCACAGCAAUAUGCAGGAGAGGCAGCUAUCAGGCGCCAAGUAAUUGGCUCUAAGUGAUUUUAUUCAUUGUUGAGAAUUAUGUCAGAUUUGGUUUCCUUUACUGAAUGAGACUUCCUCAUUUUCACUUUGUGCUUUUUCUUAAUGUAUACAGUUGACUGUCUGUAUUUGUGGGUUCCAUAUCCAUGGUUGUUACUAACUACACAUAGAAAAUAUUGAAGAAAAAAUUGCAUCUGUGCCGAGCAUGUAUACUUUUUGUCUUGUCAGUAUUCUCUAAACACUGUAGUAGAACAACUAUUUUCUUAGCAUUAGUGUUAGGUAUUAAAAUCUAGAGAUGAUUUAAA